AAGUGGGUAGUCCGUAUGACCGGCUGCUUCGACUGGUGUGCAGUCCACGGGUUUCCCCAUUGAAUACGCUGUCAGGAGUGAGCCUUACACACAUAGAAGCUAUGAUUAAUGAUUAAUAAUUAGGAGAAAUAAAAAAACCUAUUUAAAACGAUGAAAACAGUCGCACAGCAUGGUGUAAUGAAACUCGCCAUGUCGUCAUCAUUGUAGUGAAACUUGCCAUGUCGUCAUCAUUGAUCACCAGCACGCCUUUCACCUGGAAAUAACUACAGGAAUAAAAAUAACUGCAGAACACAAUAACACAGAAUAACAGCCCCAGAGGGCGACUCAUGAGAUCUCUUUACUGUAAAGGGGGGUUUCACCUGCUGAGAUGCAGGCAGAGGCAUCCAGAGCGGCUCACUGUAGAGAACCGUGCAGACUGCCUUCCUCACAGUGGUGGUGAUGGGAACCAGGGAUCUCAGUCUUAUGUACCACCCUAAACCCCCAGUGGGCCUACGUGUAGGUUUACAUGUAUAUAUGUGGUGUUAAAAGUGUUAAAAUGGCCAUAAAUCCGGGGGAAAAGUUUUCAUCGGGGACUAUUUAGCCUUACAAGGUCCUGCGUGUACCCCCGAAUUAAAGCCAGUCGAUUAAAAUGCAUUUUCAGCAGAACCGCGAUCAGCCCGCUAUUUCACCCCACUUUCUGUCAGGGAGCUUUCGGGGGCGCCGUCUGGCUCCCACCGCCGCAGACAGCUCUGUAGGACAAAGCGUCUCACACCGAGCCUCUGACUCUGUUUACAUCUCAGCCGUGUAGUUACGGGGGGCGUCUGAGAGGAGUAGCCCCGACUGGUUUUCCUGGCCUGUAGUGUUUGAACUAAGCACUGACGUAUUUGCUUGUUUUCCGUGUUUUUCAGCCCGCCUCGCUCGCCUGGCGGUUCUCGUGUGCCGUGCCCGCCGUGCUCGCCGUGCCGUGUUCGAGGCUCCCGCCAGUUGCUGAUAUUGGCCUGGCAGCGGCGUGCGAGAGCGCGAGGAGAAGAGAGGAGCGGGCCCUCGCGCAGGCGCGCUUAUUGUUUUGACUGAAAAUGCCGUCGGUUUCGAAAACGGCGGCGAGCGCUUCUCCUCAAACCGAGAAACCAACCCACUAUACGUAUCUGAAGGAGUUCCGGACCGAGCAGUGCCCGCUGUUCCUGCAGCACAAAUGCACGCAGCACAGACCCUUUACGUGCUUUCACUGGCACUUCCUAAACCAGCGAAGACGGAGGCCGAUCAGGAGGCGGGACGGGACGUUUAACUACAGCCCCGAUGUGUACUGCACCAAGUACGACGAAACCACCGGCAUAUGCCCCGACGGAGACGACUGCCCUUACUUGCACCGGACCACUGGUGACACAGAGCGCAAGUACCACUUGCGCUACUAUAAGACUGGCACUUGCAUCCAUGAGACAGAUGCCCGGGGGCACUGUGUGAAAAACGGCCUCCACUGCGCCUUUGCCCAUGGCCCCCAUGACCUCCGGCCGCCAGUCUAUGACAUUAGAGAGAUCCAAGCACAGGAGGCUUUGCAGAAUGGCCAGUUAGGCUCUGGAGAGGGGAUUCCGGAUCUGCAGCCGGGAGUUCUGGCCAGUCAGGCCAUGAUCGAGAAGACACUUAUUGAGGACCCACGUUGGCAGGACACCAAUUUUGUUUUGGCCAACUACAAAACGGAGCAAUGCACCAAGCCCCCGCGCCUAUGCAGACAAGGCUACGCCUGCCCCCAUUACCAUAACAGUCGAGAUAGAAGAAGAAAUCCCCGCAAGUUCAAAUACAGGUCGACUCCAUGCCCAAGUGUAAAGCAUGGUGAUGAAUGGGGAGAACCCUCAAAGUGUGAGAGCGGGGAUAGCUGUCAGUACUGCCACUCUCGCACUGAGCAGCAGUUUCACCCAGAGAUAUACAAGUCUACAAAAUGCAACGACAUGAGGCAGACUGGAUAUUGUCCGAGGGGGCCAUUUUGUGCUUUUGCACAUGUAGAAAGGAUUCCGUCUACAGAUGAGACCAUGAGCACUCUGCUCACAGCGAUGCAGUCGGGCUCUCAGGCCAAGCUGGGCUCCCAGCAGUAUCCCGAGUGUCCCAUCAGUGAGUUAGGUGGCACCACAAAUUCCAUCACCAGCAACGUGAGCAACAAUGGCCAAGCAGCAAACGCAAAGAACCAGAAGGGCCUGUCUGGAGACAGUAAUCAAAAGUUAAUGGACCAAGACAAACGGAGCCACAGUGGCAUGUUCUCUGUGGUGAACCCACUUGCGUCCAGCAUAACGUCGAGCAUCACCUCAAGCUUGGCCUCCAGCAUCGGCUCCGACAGCUCUUCACCCACCACCUUAUCAACCAUGAAUGCAAAAGCCACCCCUUUCUAUCCAGGGAGCAAUACCGUUGAGUCAGUAAUAGGGUCUGCACUUGACCUGAAUUUCAGUGACAUCAAUGUUGCCUCCCUUGACAAAGAGCUAGAGGACCAAGACAAUAAUGGCCUUGGUUUAACAAGUCAAAGGUUGUUAGGAGGCUCCGCGCCUGUCAACAUUCCUGGCUCCCUGGCACGGUCUUCCUCUCUGCAUUCCUCCUCCUCGCUGUCCGCCUCCCCUCUCAGCUCUCUGUCCCAGUCCCUAUCCCAAUCCCUGCUCACUGGAAUGGCCCCUCAGCAGAACCAGCCACAGGCAGUCAAAGCUGAGCAUGGCCUUCUAGGGACACCUACAUCCACCCAAAACUCUUUAGGUUUGAAUGGCGGAGCCGGAAGCAUUUGGGACUUUGUGAGUGGCAGCCUCUCCCCCAGCCCCUCUCCUGUGUUUAGCAGCCUUAGCUCCAGCAUGGUCAGCUCCAGCAGUGCUGACCUGGGUCGCCUGCUGCGGGAACUGGACGAGGCUAAGCGGAAGAUCAAGCAGUGGGAGGACGCCUGGCACCAGGUCAAACAGGCAUGCGAGGUGUGGCAGAAAGAUGCCCAAGAGGCGAAAGAGCAAGCAAAGUCAGCCGAGGCAGAGCGGCAGCUGGCCGAGCAGAAGCGCGAAGACACGGAGCGCAAGCUCAAGGAGCUGCAAGGCGACUUUGACAUGCUUUGCCGCUCCCCCAACAUGCCUCUCCUGCGCAACUACGGGGACCUGGACCAGCUUCCACUUGCAAAGCUGCACUCCAUUCAGAGCCAGCUGCGCUCUGAUCUAGACCUCAUAGACGGGGUAAUAUAUCAGCUUCAGUCAAAGAAAUGUAUAGUUUGCCAAAAGCAUGAUCGUUGCAUUGUCCUGCAGCCUUGCCAACAUUAUGUACUUUGUGAAAACUGUGCACCUAGUAAAACAGAAUGUCCUUACUGUAAGACAAAAAUAUUGAAGUGGUGAUGUACAGCUAUUCAAGGUACUAUUUAAAGAUAUAGCCCUCUGAAGAACUACUAAUACAUAUAAUGCUUACAGUUUCUGCAUAGCAUUUUUGUGUUUCAGUAUUUCAUAUAGUGAUUAAAAUGGAUAGUUUUAUUAGAAUCUAAUAAAUGGUGUUUGACUGAUAUAUAAAUCAAGUACUUAAAUGCAAUACAUGUUUUGUACUAGCUAGUUAAUUCAUUUUCAGCGAGCAUUACAGUUUCCAUAGAAGAAGAACCGUCUUGGCAUUCAUAAUCUGAUGGCCCUGAUUUGACUGUUAAGUUCAGAAGCGUCAGUCAAACAUCAUCGUUGCUACUAGCUGUGUGAAGAGAAAUUGAUUUCUUGUUAAAAAGCACUUUGUUGACCUGGAAAUUUGUCAAAAGGGUAUUUUAGAAAUUUUGCUUUAAGCUGCUUUUGUUUUUUUUUUGUUGUUUUUUUUUUUUUUUAACAAUGUUUUUUUUCUCCCAGAUACGCUAAUGUAUGAAGCUUUUUGUGUGUACUGUGAAACAUAGUAGAAUAUUUCAUAUUUCUUACUGUUAAAAUCAUGAUAUAGUAUAUUGUUAGUUUUUGUAUAAAAUAGUACUAAAUGGGUUACUACUUUUCAUUGUUACUUUCAUUUUUCAAUCAGAAUAAGUGCAAACUUUGAAUGCAUUUUAGGUAUAACCAGCAGCUGUAAUAUCAGUAAGGCACAUACUGUAUGCUAAGGCAUUUAGUAAUUUCUCUGUAUUUUGGUGAUUUAUUGAGUAAUACGUUAUGUAGUUGUUUAAAGGAGCACAUGUGUUCUGAAGUCCUCGGAGACACGCUGACUUGCGUAGGACUUCUAGCCUUUCGGAUAUGUUUGCUAGAACGUGUCUAAUUCUCGGCCACUCGCUCUCAAGUGCCUUGCCUAAUAGAAUACUUUAAGCGUCUGUGAGGAGCUUUAGGAUUGUAGUGCAAACACCCACAGGUAGUCUGUGCUUGUGCAAAACGUUCUGCAAAGUAUGUAUUUCUCAUUGCUCUCUUGUUCACGUUGUGAGCGUCUGCCGGCCCAAUUCUACACAAAAGUGUUUCCUCAAUAUUGAAUCGUGGUCAGUGCCUGUGCUCUGACACUUACUAAGCUUAUGUCUUCUGUCCCCAUUCCUCACGUUUCCAAUGAGCAAUGGUGCUUUUUUGGGUGCAGCUUCGGUAUCCUUAGAAAUGUUGAAUCAUCUUUGAUUUAAACGUUUAGGAACAUCCAAAUCAGGAAAUAAAUGUGUGUAUUUCUUUGAUUUUUACAAAUUUAAAACUGGCUCUCUUUUUACAUUAGUUUUUUUUUUUUUGUAAUGUUUAGAAUUGUAGUGCUCUGUAGUGUUUACAGAUAAACGAAUCCAUUGUGUUUAACUAUGGUUUAAAAUUUCUGUUUUCUUUCCAAAUUCGACAGUGUAAUGUGCUUAGGUUAAUCUAAUUGAAAUGACCUACUACUGUGUUAUCUGAACUAGAUUUCUUUUCUUUCUUUCUCUCUUUCUUUCUUUCAUUUGUUUGGUCCUUUAAUAUUACAGCAAUGAGUUUGUGCGUUAAACAGUCAGGUACACACAAAUGCAAGUUUCUUUGACAUUGGGAUGAACGGUUUACUUCUAAAGGGAUAGCGAUUCAGGAUCUAAAGGCCCAGACCGAAGUAGUUUAUUUCAGAUCUCUGAAGAGCAGGAAGUGUAUAUAUUGUUUCUCUUUGUCUUGCUAAUUUUUGUUUUUUUCUUUUCCCUUUUGAUUCUUUCUUCUGUGAGGUCUUUUCUUCAACGAGGUCUGUAUGUAAGUCAUGAGGCUCAGUACGCCGUAGAAAAACAAUCAUUGCAUGUCUCGGUGUAAGUUGUGUUAACCAGCUAAAAGUCUAGAUCACACUGCCAGAUGUGUUGGUGUCGAGCUGCCGAGGCCAGGCGCCGAGCCGGCACCGCAGCCGGCAGCACGGAGGUAUUCUAUAGUUCUUUACAAUACUUCAAAAGCUUUGAACUGUGUGAUUGAUCCAGUUUUACCUGAAUUGAGGCGAUGUGGAGUAUGUCUGAAACAGUUGUUUUGGAUCACACUGUAGUAUUGUAACGUUUCGUACACUCUGGUGUUCAAGAAACUCUUUUGUGUUAGGUAUUUCAUUUUAGGUGUGGUUGACAGUUUUGUCUUUUUUUCGGAUGUUAAAGGCUGUUGAGGGAUUUAUGUCCUCUUGUUGGGUUCCUGGACCACAUUUGUAGGAUUUAGAUAAGGUAAAUGAUGCGAUUGCUGCGUCUGGAAUGUGGCAGGUAAUUUACAGAGAAAAAGAAAACAUGGACUUGACUCAAAUGAACCAAAGUGUUAAUGUAGUUUCUUCUUGUUUUCACUUUCCGAGUUCAAAUUAUAAAUGAUUUAGAAUUACUACGACAGUCUUUUCGAUGUUUGAUUUGACAGGAAAACUAUGCCAACUGCUUUUGCUGACAAUAUUAAUGGGAUUUAAAGCUUGUUUUGUAGUUUUACCAAAGACCUUUACUGUUUUUUCUUGUUUUUUUUUCCCCGGUUUAUUUUUUAUAAAUAUUUCAUUUUAGCACUCAAUUGGUUAGACGUCGGAUUAAAAAAAAAAAAAAAAAAAAAAAACGAACAAAAAAAAAAAGACCAAAACUAGUACCUUAAUUAUACUGAUCUGUGCAUUUGAAAUGACUCAUGGUAUAAAAGUCGUAGUCUUCAGCUUUUUUUUUUCUUUUUCUUUUCUUUCUUAGUUACUCAGUGAAAAUGACAGUAAUAUACUAUUGAAUUGGCUGUUAUCUGUAGUGAAGGAAUGUCAUGGAUAUGAAUGAAAUUUGUGUUAAUAUUCUUAAGUGGCCAUAUGAAUUAGUGCUUAUUUGAAGUAUAUCAUUUCUUUUUUAUGCUAAUAGUACUUUAUAGUAAAAUUCUUAAAAUCAGUUUUGAAAUAUUAGUGGUUGUGCACUACUUGUAUGCUGUCAGGAAUUUAAGAGUGUACUUGGACUGUAAGGUGCUUUCUUUAGUUUCCAUUUGACUGGUGUUCAUCACUGGUGAUCCAUGUUUUUCGAAAUACCUUUUCUUGUGUUAAAACUGUAGACCAUGGUUUUGUGUGUGUGUAUAUGCAUGUUUUAUAUUUAUAUAUAUAUAUAUAUAUAUAUAUAUAUAUAACAUGCAUAUACACACACACACGUAGACCAAUUUGUUGUGAAGUUAAAGGGGCUCUUGUAUAGCUCGUAAUGGCUGAUGCAGACAGUGGGCUUUGUUCAUCAAAAGAGCAUUGAAAUCAAAUUUUGGCCUUAAAUUGCACUUAAAUUGGCCGUUUUUGCAUGUCGUAUUAUUGAAUCACCAUGCUGUGUGAUUAAUUCACGUGUUUGUGGUUAUAUUUCAGAUUGCUACUAGUUGGUGUCUUGCGGAAAUUAUACUCGUGUAAGAAACAAAAUGUUAACAAAUUUGUGCCUUUUGUGUAAAAAAUCUGUUUGUAGUAUUUGAUUAAGUGGCUGUCUUCAAAAAUGAGCCAAAUUUUUGUGCCUUGGGACAUUUUCUUCCCGUACUCCUUGAUGUGCAGGUGUCCUGCUGUAGAUUUCUACACAUUUUUAUUGUAUUAAUGACUACUUUCAUGCCUUCAUCUUUUGGGAAGGUGCAGCUUUAAGCUUCCCGUUACGAAUAAGAAAGUGUCUCGUAUUGCUUGCGCGGACACUUAUUGGCAUGUUUUUCAGUACAAAUAAUGUAUUGCAGAAAAUGAUCACAGCAUAUUACUCCAUUUGGAUCAUUUCAAGUAUGACAUGAUUAGUCAGUUUCCAUCGCCAUGGUGAUUUUCUACGUUGAUGCAUUUUUGUCGUGACUGUGUUAAGGACUAAUUUGUCAUUGAAGGUGUUAGUGGUGAGACUACAAAAAGCAGAGAGUCAACUGCAGCAUGAAUGAAGACUUCCCCCCCCUUUGUCAUGUUUGUAGUCCCCUCACUCUAAAUACCCCUACGUCUGUGUCAGCCAUCACUCCUUCUGUUCUGUGUUAAUAAUGCCGAUAAUAAUUCUACGUGAAAGGCCAGGCAACUGUUAUUAAAGAAAAGCACCGAGUAGAAAAGUUUGUUCUUUAGCGAUGUGUAAAUUAACUGUAAUGGAGAUGUACCAUAAUGCUCUGCAGUGGAAUAAUCUUUUUUUUGUGAAUUGUUUUCUUUUUUGUUUGUUUGUUUAUUUUAUUUUCUAUCAAUAUUGUGAUUAUUGAACCUGAGGAUUUAUGCAAUCUUGUACAUACAUAUGUAUGAAUCUCAAUCUGGUUAAAUUUAGCAGGAUAGCUAGGAAAAAAUAAUACCUAUUACAACUGUAAACAUUUGUAGAAAACGGACAAAAAAGAUGGCAGAAUUGGAACCGCUGUUCCAUUGUUCAAGUAAUGUUAUGAUUAAUCCAACAUGGAAACCCUGAAUAUUGAAUGUACCGUUCAAAUUAAAUCUAAUAUGGGUCACUGGAAAGGAAAGAAAAUGGAGAGCAGUUGAUCUAUGAUGUAGCACUAGUUUUGUGAAUUGCGAUAAAUGACAAAUAAAUUUUUAAGUUAAACACAAAUGCAGUUUUCAAGUUUGUGUAUUUAUCAAUGUAAUGAUUAGAUGGGAAUAAGAGAUGUAUUUUCUCAGGGCUUUACAGGAUAACUAUAGAAUAAAGAGAUGUCCGAUUUUCAGAGGAAGCUGCAGCUCCGAUUUAUUUCCUUGAAAGGUCAGGAUGAGUGACCUUUUAUAAUGAAGAAACAUAUCCCUUAUUUUGGUACAGUAUGCAUUGAUAUAUAGAACAGCUUAUAUUCUAAUUAGUGUUUAACUAUACUAUACAAUUUACUGUCAGUAUAAUACUUUGUGUAUGUGAUGUCUACACAAGACCUUAAAACAUUUACUCGGGUUCUCUUAAAUUUAUGGAGGCUUCUUCAUGGAACAGUUGAGUGCUUUGAUGGAACAUAAGACCUGAAUGGAUUUUCAUCACUAAAAAUUUAAGUAAGACGGUAUUAUUUAUAAUGCAUAAUCUUUUAUUCAUAGUGUAUCAUUUAAAGUUGUUAACACUUGUGUACACUACAGCAGUUAUGCAAUGGUUUACAGAAUUCAUGGAAUUAUUUUUAUCAUAUUGGGAAUUAAAUAAUUUUUGAUCUUUAA